AUGACUACGUUGGCACACGAACUCUUUCCACUUGACAAGGGACCAAGGCGCAAUGAAUACAGUCAUGAUCGAGGCGCGCUUGAAAGUAUGGCCACAUCUGUGGGUUCUACGCGCUACGUGUAUUUUGUUCAUAAGAAGACGGUAAUUCCCAAAAUCAAAAAGGACGUUUUGACGGUUUACGAUCUGUGGAAGGGUUCUGCCAGCGAAUAUGCUGUAGACAGGAAUGAUUACGACGAAUUGAAGGAGUUUUACGAAUUGAAUUCUGAUGAAGGUAUUGCUAUAGUGGAUAACAAGCACGAGCUUCUGGUAUUACACAUGAAACUGGAUCAUGAAAAGAAGAAAGUUCAAGAAUUGGAUAGAAUCCAAGUGCUCGAUAACUGGCAGCAACAUAAUGGCAUGAAGGAAUAUAGGUGUAUGAGAAGCGAGAAAGGAUUCACUUUGGUGGCGUGCUCCGAGCAAGGGAUACGUGUGUCGGAAUUGCAAUUCCAUGGAAAAUUUAUUGACAUUGCACAUACUGACAUCGCUUACGAAGGCGAAUGCUAUUUCCUCUACACUGAUCCAUGGCGAGAAGGGGACGUCAUAUACUCGUUUGAAAGUGAACCAAUACCGGGAUCUGAGGAAGAACGCAGUUUCAAUGGGAAUCUUUUUGCGAUUGAUCUGCGUCGUAAAGUGAUCCACACGAUCCCAUCGAAAUUCCCAUUUGCGCCUGCCGUGGGAGAAGAGAAUGCGAAAGGAGUUGUUCAUGUAAUGGGGGUUUUCCACAGGCCAGGUCAUCUGUGGGUAGUCACUCAGAAUACCACACAAAUAGCUACCCUAAGUGUUUGGAAGCUUGAUGCUGAUGGGUGGCACAAAGUGACUAGUGUGGACAACGACGAGUAUGAAGUCACUAUGGAUGUGUGCGCUGAUGGCAGUGCUAUAGUAGUUCUAGAAGACGAAGUCAAUGGAAGUCCUGUAAUGCGAAAUAUUCGACAUCGUGGACCCCCAAGUCUGUAUUCGUUAGCGCGGACCAGCGCUAUCAAGCAUUUUCCCGUCCUUCGAUGCGACUCAUACUUCACACAGUUAUUCUCACAACGAUUGUUCAAAUAA